AUGACUAUUGAAUAUACUGUUAGUCGAAUUCAAGGAAUCGAAAUAAACGAUGCUCAAUUGCUUGUGAAAAAUGAAUGGAUUUCAGAAAAAGAUGAGGAGUUUCCAAUCGAUAUGGAAAUCGAAUUGAAAAAGAUUGCCGAAGUCGAGAAGAUUGAAAUCGUCGCCCAUAAUUUCUAUAUUCCCAAAAAAAUCGGGAUUUACUCGUUUCAAAAUGACACUGAAAAUUAUAUUGGAGAAGUGAUCUUCAAAAAUCGCGGUUCUGUUGCGAAAAAGUUUGAGCUCAAAAACAUAUUUCUCGAUGAGAAAUGCUCGAAAUUGCUUCUGAGAAUCUACGAACCAUAUACGGACGUCGUCAAUAAUCUGGAGUCAAAAGUUGGAAUUGUGGAGUUGAAGCUCUUCGGAAAAUAUUUGCCGAUUCCGGAUGAGCUCGACAAUAAUCCGAUUCCGAACAACAUACCUGAUCGGAAGUAUUCAAAAGAAUUGAGCGCAAUUAUUGAUGGGAUUGAGGCAAAUAAGCAAAAAGCUGUGGCGAAUGAAGACUUCAAAUCGGCAAAAUCUGCACAACUCGCCGUUCGACAACUUCGAAGAAAUCUGAAAGAAGUCGAAGAACUUGAAAACGACAAAAUAUCCGCAAUAAAUGACGAGGAUUAUCAAAGAGCGAAUGAUUUACAAGACGAAUUGAAUACUUUGAGAGCAAAUAUACUUGCUUCAAUUGAUCCAGUCCUUCUGAAUAAUACUGCGCCGAGAUACGAGCAAGUUCAUCGACCGAAAAAUUUGUUCGGUGAGAAAAGUGAAACUCCAAUAUCAAAGCCCAAACUCUAUGAGCCUGUCGAACUAUCACCAACCGAAGUGCCCGCAGAUCCGUCGCACACGUUCGUACCAUCUCCGAAACCCCCAAAAAGUCCAAAGGCAAAAGCGUGGGAAAUUCCGAUUUCGCGUCCGCAAACGACGAGUUCUGUUGGAUCGAAUCGGAUGAAAUCGAGCGAUUCGAGAAGAAACAUUUCAACUGCCUCAUCGACAACCUCAAAAAUUCUGCGUCGAAGCUCGAGCGGUGAUGGAUUCAGAAGAACGACCAACAAAUUUCUCGAAAAGGAGAAUAUGAUUGUUCCGGCAGCAUUGAGUCGACAGCGAUCCGCUUCAAUCCAGCCGGAAGGAUUCUCAAGUGUCAAUCGAUCCGUGGAUCAUUUAACCGAAGAUCAGAUCCUCGCAGGAAUUUCGCCUGACAAUUUGGCGAAUGUCAGAUCGGCGAUCUCAAUAUUUGGAUUGGAGACGAUCGCAAAACUCUAUUCGAAACACUUUGAAAAUCGAAAAGAAGCGAUUUCGGAGAUUGAGGAAACAUUAAACAGUCUAUCACCGAAUAAGUCGUUCUCAUAUUUCGAAAGUAUCAAUUGUCUUCUGGCUCAUAUGCUCCGAGAGCCUCUUUAUAACGUCUACCGAGAUGCCUUGAAUCUAUGGCAUCACGUUUGCACAGUUUGGGCUCCCGAACAGAAUCUCUCAAAAUUGCUGCCAAGAAUCACUGCUGAAACACACAAUGUUCUAGCAUCGAAAGUGAUUUCCAAUGAUAAGCGCACCGUGAGCGACACACAAGCGGCAUUUCGAAGUGUUUGCUCGAAAUCCGAAUCGUCGGCUCGUUCAUAUGCUCGAGACCUCAUCGGAUCGAAAUCAAAAAAUUUAAAGGGACGAGCAAUUCUGCUAAACUUGAUCGCCGGAAUCUAUGAUAUUCCCAACGACAAAAUUAACUUAUCCGACAUCAAUGUCGCCAAUUUUGCCGCCAAAUGCAUUCGCCAUUCCGAUCAGCAAGUGCGCUCCAUUGGCAGUGAUUUAAUGAUCCGUCUAUUCAAAAACGGUUCGCAAUCGGUGGUGCGAAAGCAGCUUGACACCUUCGCAACCGCUGACGCAAACAAUCCAACGUAUCAGAAAACUCUCAAGCAAAUCUAUGCUCUAGACGGAGGUCGUGGAAAUCAAAAAAAGAAAAAAAUCACAUUUGCAUUCUAA